CUCAGACAUACAUUGCAAUUAUUGGUGAUUGACUAACACAUUUAUUAUUAAAGGAUAUUAUCAAGUUUAUUAAAUGUCUACAACAGAACAACUAGAAAUGGGAGCUCAAUGCUCUGGUACCAAGGAGAAAAAGUCUGAUCCUUUCGCUGAAGAACUUGUUGAGCGAAAACUAAUGCGAUCAGGAAGAAUAUCACAUGCUAUUGUGAUAAAUGCCAUUAAUUGUGAUGUCAGAGCCAACCAACCAAUCACAUUCAAGCCUUUGAGAUCUACCCGAGAGUCACUGGUGAAGCUAAUAAAAGGCGACAGAGAUGCGCUUAACCCAGAUGGCAUCGAUCUUGGCACUGGUUCCCUGUACAUGCCAGGAAAACUUCAAGAAAACCGUGCGCUUUUUGCAACGGAUGGGCGUACUGGAGGUUUUACUGCUUUCCUAGUGAAAGGUAUUGUAAUCUUAGGGGUGUAUGAUCAUGAUGUCGCAGCAGCUGUUAGGCUCGUUACAGAAGUUGCAGACUAUGUUGAUGAAUUAGAAGAAACUCACUAGAGACAUCUAUCAUUGGGUUGAAAUAAGAGAAUACAUUUUUCUGUGCCUUAUAAAGUGACUAUAUUAUAAAAAAUAGAAAUGAUAGUACAUUUCAUAGGUGUAAGAAAGGUGGGAAUCAUUUUUGAAAAUAAUUUUAAAGAACAUUAUCUCCAUUUGUAGAAAGUACUUUGAUUUGAAUGUUUAUGCGUUUAUGAUCUGUGAUGCUUUGAUGCUGAAGAUGAUCCAUUGAUUAGCAAUCAUUCCAAAGAUGAUCCAUGGAU